GCGAGCCGCCCAUGGUGCAGCGCAUGUGGGCCGAGGCGGCUGGGCCUGCGGGCGGCGCCGAGCCGCUGUUUCCGGACUCCCGGCGGAGCCGCAGCCUGUGGGACGCCGUGCGCCUGGAGGUGGGCGGCCCCGACAGCUGCCCGGUGGUGCUGCACAGCUUCACGCAGCUCGACCCCGACCUGCCGCGUCUGGAGAGCUCUACGCAGGAGAUCGGCGAGGAGCUGGUCAACGGGGUCAUCUACUCCAUCUCCCUGCGCAAGGUGCAGGCGCACCACGGCGCCAGCAAGGGCCAGCGCUGGCUCGGGUGUGAAAAUGAGUCGGCCCUGAACCUGUAUGAGACCUGCAAGGUGCGGACCGUGAAGGCAGGCACGCUGGAGAAGCUGGUGGAGCAUCUGGUGCCUGCCUUCCAGGGCAGCGACCUCUCCUAUGUCACCAUCUUUCUGUGCACCUACCGAGCCUUCACCACCACCCAGCAGGUCCUGGACCUGCUGUUCAAAAGGUACGGUAGAUGUGACGCCCUCACGGCCUCCUCUAGAUACGGCUGCAUCCUCCCAUAUUCCGACGAGGACGGUGGCCCCCAGGACCAACUGAAAAAUGCCAUCUCCUCCAUCCUGGGCACCUGGCUGGACCAGUACUCAGAGGACUUCUGUCAGCCCCCGGACUUUCCCUGCCUCAAGCAGCUGGUGGCCUACGUGCAGCUCAACAUGCCCGGCUCUGACUUGGAGCGCCGUGCCCACCUUCUCCUGGCCCAGCUGGAACAUGCAGAACUCACUGAGGCAGAGUUGGAGGCUCUGUCACCAACUCCAGCGCCAGCGCCAGCGCCAGCUCUAAAACCAACUCCAGAUCUAGGGCCAGCUCCAGGACCAGCUCUAGUGCCCUAUCCUGUGCCAGCUCCAGAGCUAGAGCCGGUGCCAGCUUCGGAGCUAGAGCUGCUGCCUGCUCCGGAGCUAGAGUCAACACCAGCUCCGGAGCUAGAGCCAACACCCGUGCCAGCUCCAGAGCUGGAGCCAGCUCUAUCACAAACUCUAGAGCUAGAGCCAACACCAGUACCAGAGCUUUCCUGGCCUUCCUCUGUGGCUGCAGAGAACGGGCUGAAUGAGGAGAAGCCUCACCUCUUGGCGUUCCCCCCCGACCUGGUGGCAGAGCAGUUUACACUGAUGGACGCGGAGCUGUUCAAGAAGGUGGUGCCCUACCACUGCCUGGGCUCCAUCUGGUCCCAGCGGGACAAGAAGGGCAAGGAGCACCUGGCUCCCACCGUCCGCGCCACCGUCACCCAGUUCAACAAUGUUGCCAACUGCGUCAUCACCACCUGCCUCGGGGGCCGCAGUGUGACGGCCCGGGACAGGGCCAGGGUGGUGGAGCACUGGAUCGAGGUGGCCAGGGAGUGCCGAGUCCUCAAGAACUUCUCUUCGCUUUACGCCAUCCUCUCUGCUCUGCAGAGCAACUCCAUCCACCGACUGAAGAAGACGUGGGAGGAAGUUUCCAGGGACAGCUUCCGGAUCUUUCAGAAGCUGUCAGAGAUUUUCUCCGAUGAGAACAACUACUCACUGAGCAGAGAACUGCUCAUCAAGGAGGGGACCUCCAAGUUUGCCACCCUGGAGAUGAACCCCAAGAGAGCCCAGAAGCGGCCGAAGGAGACGGGUGUCAUCCAGGGCACGGUUCCCUACCUGGGCACGUUCCUCACAGACCUGGUGAUGCUGGACACGGCAAUGAAGGACUAUCUGUAUGGGAGACUGAUCAACUUCGAGAAGAGAAGGAAGGAAUUCGAAGUGAUCGCCCAGAUCAAGCUGCUCCAGUCGGCCUGCAACAAUUACAGCAUCGCGCCCGAGGAGCACUUUAGGUCCUGGUUCCAGGCCAUGGAACGGCUCAGCGAGACUGAGUGCUACAACCUGUCGUGUGAGCUGGAGCCCCCCUCCGAAUCAGCCAGCAACACACUCAAGGCCAGGAAGAACACGGCCAUCGUGAAGCGCUGGAGCGACCGCCAGGCCCCCAGCACGGAGCUCAGUACCAGUGGCAGCUCCCACUCCAAGUCCUGUGACCAGCUCAGGUGUGGCUCCUACCUCAGCAGCGGGGACAUUGCCGACGCACUCAGCGUCCACUCGGCUGGCUCCUCCAGCUCUGACGUGGAGGAGAUCAACAUGAGCUUUGUCCCAGAGUCCCCUGAUGGCCAGGAAAAGAAGUUCUGGGAGUCAGCCUCCCAGUCAUCCCCCGAGACCUCCGGCAUCAGCUCAGCCUCCAGCAGCACCUCCUCCUCGUCAGCCUCCACCACGCCCGUGGCCUCCGCCCGUACCCACAAGCGCUCCGUCUCGGGGGUUUGCAGCUACAGCUCCGCACUGCCACUCUACAACCAGCAGGUGGGCGACUGCUGCAUCAUCCGCGUCAGCCUGGAUGUGGACAACGGCAACAUGUACAAGAGCAUCCUGGUGACCAGCCAAGAUAAGGCUCCGGCUGUAAUCCGCAAGGCCAUGGACAAACACAACCUGGACGAGGAUGAGCCAGAGGACUAUGAGCUGGUGCAGAUUAUUUCAGACGAUCGAAAGCUGAAGAUCCCUGAAAACGCCAACGUGUUCUAUGCCAUGAACUCUACUGCCAACUAUGACUUUGUCCUAAAGAAACGGACCUUCACCAAGGGGGCAAAGGUCAGGCAUGGAGCCAGCUCAACCCUCCCUCGUGUGAAGCAGAAGGGACUCAAGAUUGCCAAGGGCAUCUUCUAAUUGGUCCCCAGCGCUGGCCAGCCACAGGACCACCCUUUCCAGGGUCUGGCUGGCCGGGGAACUCAGCACUUACAGACUGCAGUGGCCCGGGCCAAGUGGGCACCUUCUGCCCAGCCUGCCAGCCCAGGCCACCCCCAGACUCCAGUUUCACCCUGAACCUCUCCUGCUGCCGGGAUUGACGCCUGCCAGUCGACAGGCUGACCUGGCCUCCUGUGGACCACUCGCUGCCUUAGGUGCCUUCUGCUCUCUGGACCAGAGGACUAGCUGACUUUUGCCAAGGAGUGCUGCCAAUGGACACAGCCCUGCAUGCCACUGGGCACUGCCCUCUAUGCCUCCCUCACACCUUCGCAGGUGUGGGUCACUGCCACCUUUGCCCAUGGGUACCCCAGGGCACCCACUCGUCCACCGAGUCUGACCACUGCAGUUCUCUCCUCGUGCCCGCGGGCACUGGCCUGUACCCUUCAUGGGGGUCCCGGUCCCUCCUCCCACCACCCUAGCCUUUCUCAGGCUGCACCAAAGAUUCCAUCAUCAGGGCCAACUGAGAGUGAGGGAGUCUCGCCCACUACCACCCAGCCCUCCCGGAGAAGAGAGAGACCCUCCUCAUGGACCACACUCUUCACCCGGUGCAUGAAGACGGUCUCAGUCGAGUCCCACUGAUGUCGAAUCUCAUGACACUCGAGUGCCACUCACUGCUGCAUCCUGGGCUUUACGAGACCACACGAGACGGGGGUUAGUGAGAGAGGAGGAUUUGGGGGGAGGAGGAGGGGGGAUGAAUAUUUGUAUAAAA